AUGGCCGGUGCAGCCGAGGUUUACGACUACGCGGCCGCGUUGGCCGAGUUCGACGCUUCCCGCAGCACCGUCCGGAGCCUCGUCGAGUCCGGGAUCGCCUCCGUGCCACCUCUCUUCAUCAGCACUACCAACUAUCCACCAACGGACAUCCUCGCUAUCCCAACCGUUGACCUCUCUCUCCCGCUCUCGUCCUCGGCGCCGCUCGUCGGCGCCGCCGCGCGGACGUGCGGCUUCUUCCACGUCACCAACCACGGAAUCGAUGCCGGCGCCGCCGUGUCCGCCGUCCGGGCCUUCCACGAGCUGCCUCCCGCGGUCCGCUCCGCAUUCUACUCGGUCGCGGCCGUGGAGGGCAUGAGCUACUCCACCGUCCCCUACAUGGACCGCAAAAGCUUCGACGGCCCUGGCCCCAUCCUCCCCUGGCGCGUCUCUCUCCGGAUUCUGCUGCAGCCGGCCGACCUUGGCCGUCUCCCCGCGCCAUGCCGGGACGCGCUGGUGGAGUACCUGCGGUGCAUCGAGGAGCUGGGAAAGAACAUGGCCAGGCUGCUGUCCCAGGCGCUCGGGGUCGGCGCUGAGCGGUUGGAGACGGCGACGCAGGUGGAAGGCUGGCUGAUGGCGUGCAACUACUACCCGCCAUGCCCGGAGCCCGCGCGCGUGGAGGGCGCGGUGGAGCACACCGACCCCUCCCUCUUCACCGUUCUGGCACAGGACGGCAUUGGAGGGCUCCAAGUGCGCAUCAACGGCGGCGACAAUGACGGACAGUGGGUGGACGUGCCGCCGGUGCCGGGCGCACUUCUCGUCAACGUUGGGGACGUGCUCAAGCUUCUUUCCAACAACGAGUACCAUAGCGUGGGCCACAGGGUGAUGAUCAAGUCUAGCCAAGAUGCCAGGGCCUCCCUUGCGGUGUUCUUCAAUCCUGCCAUGAGCGGCGGCGACUCAAACUUGCUUGGUCCUCUCCAGGAGCUUAUCACAACAGAAAAGCCGGCAAUGUACCGGAGUUUCACCAUGACAGAGUUCAUGGAUUCCAGAAGGAAGUUUGGCCAUGGUAAACUGUCGACCGACCAAUUCAGAAUCGCACUUGAAUGA